GCGGGGCCGCGGCUUCCAGAGAGUUCGGAGACGGCGGCGGAGCGGCGGUGGCGCACGUCAAGGCGAGGAAGAUGGUGAAGGAGACGGGCUACUAUGACCUGCUGGGCGUGCGGCCGGGCGCCAGCCUGGACGAGAUCAAGCGGGCGUACCGGCGCCUGGCACUGCGCUACCACCCCGACAAGAACCCCAGCGAGGGCGAGCGGUUCAAGCAGAUCUCCCAGGCCUACGAGGUGCUGUCGGACGCCCACAAACGGGCGCUGUACGACCGCGGCGGCGAGAGGGCCAUGAAGGAGGGAGGCCUGGGCAGCCGCGGGGGCGGCGGCGGCUUCGGUUCCCCCAUGGACAUCUUCGACCUGUUCUUCGGAGGGGGAGUGAGGAUGCGCAGCCGGGCGGACAGGAGAGGGAAGACAGUGGUGCACCAGCUCUCGGUGUCGCUGGAGGACUUGUACAACGGCUCCACACGGAAACUCUCCCUGCAGAAGAACAUCAUCUGCCGCAAGUGCGGAGGCUGCGGGGUCCGGGAGGGCGCCCAGAGGAGGUGCCCCAAGUGCCACGGCUCGGGGAUGGAGGUUCGCAUCCACCAGCUGGGGCCCAGCAUGAUCCAGCAGAUCCAGACCGUGUGUUCCCAGUGCCAGGGCCAGGGCGAGUGGAUCCGCCCGCGGGACUGCUGCCUCACCUGCAACGGCCGCAAGGUCGUGCGGGAGAAGAAGAUCCUCAGCGUCCACCUGGAUAAAGGAAUGAAGGACGGGCAGAAAAUCACCUUCCAUGAGGAAGGGGACCAGGUGCCCGGCUUGGAGCCCGGGGACAUCAUCAUCGUCCUGGACCAGAAGGAACACCCCGUUUUCCGGCGCAGCGGCGACGACCUGAUCAUCAGGAGGGAGAUCAGCCUGGCAGACGCCCUGUGCGGGUGCCGGCAGGUGAUCCGCACCCUGGACAACCGCACCCUGCUCGUCUCCUCCCCGCCAGGUGAUGUGAUCCGGCCUGGGGACCUGAAGUGUAUCCCCAACGAGGGGAUGCCCGUCUACAGGAGCCCGUUUCAGAAGGGAAAGCUCAUCCUGCAGUUCGAGGUGAAGUUCCCCGAGCCAGGCUGGCUCCCCGCCGACCGCCUGCGCCAGCUCCAGGCCUUCUUCCCGCCGCAGGAGGAGGUGAUGGCCACGGAGGACACGGAGGAGGUGGAGCUCAGCGACUACACGGCGCACGGGGGGCCCGGCCGGCGGCCCUACACCGGCGAGGCCUAUCACGAGGACGACUUCGAGGACGGGAUGCGCCAGCACGUCCAGUGCCAGACCUCAUAGCGCGGGUGGGGCGCGGCCCCCCGGGCACAGCCGGGGCAGGGGAGGGGACUCACGGAGCCGCCACGUUCAGGGAUGUACAUAGGUCGCCUUUCCGACAGCACUUCACCUCCCUGGCCCCCCCCCCGGGAGCCGGGCGGGAGCCUCCCGACCCUGCCAGGGCGAGGCCCCCCUGCCCUGCCCUCCCCUCAGCCCGGGGCUGGUGGAGCUGCCGCUGCCCACGGGUGGGGGAUUGGGGGGUUUGAGGCUGGAUCCAGCUGCCAGCAGCCCCAUGGAUGGGGGGGCUUGGGGCUGCAGGCACAUCCCACGCUGGAAAAGGUCAGCCCUGGCCUGGAGAAGAGGAGGAGGAGGAGGGGGGUGCUUCUUGCCCCUUGCCUCAGUGUCCCCGUCUGCUCCAGUGGGGCCAAGCUUAUGCUGGAGCCAGUGUGGGGAGGAGGGGAACUGCCCAGCCCCCCCAGAGACCCCCUCGGGGUCCCUGCCACUGCCCCAUGGCCCCAUCCGGCCCCACACCGUGGAGGGGCUGCUGCCCAGGCCCCCCCCCCGGCCCCUUGCUUUGCCCAUUUCUUUUCUUGCUGGAGCCUGGCUCAGGCCCUGGGGCGCAGAGGGGGUGGCUCUUUUCUCUUUGCACAGGACAGGAGGGGGUGGUGGGGACCCGUCCCUUCCCUUUAAUUUAUUUUUGAAAGAAUUUUAGAAGUUUUUCCUUUUUUUUUUGUUUUUGGGGGGGGGGGGGGGGGGACUUUGUACUUGGCAUUAAACACGAAUCCCAACUCGG